GUAUUGAUCAUAGAUCAGCCGAGUAUUGAUCAGUAUUGAUCAUAGAGCAGCCGAGUAGUCAUCAGUAUUGAUUAUACAAACACAAUGGACGACCUCCAUAUUGUAUUUCAUUUUAAACGUCUCUCUCUCGUCGUUCAGGCAGAGCUGCGUGAGGAGCAGCGGAGCUACCGGCAGCAUCUGUCUGAGGAGCUGCAGAAGCAGAGGAGGGAGGAGGAGGAGACAGAGCAGCUGAUGGAGGAGAUGCUGAAGGAGGUCUGGACUAAAAGAGAGCAACAGAGCCGACAGCAGAGAGAGGCCAGAAACAGACUGAUGGAGGAGGUAAUGGAGGCUCGGAGUCUGCAGAUCCAACACAAACUGGACCUGAACAUACAGAAACAGACGGAUCUCUCUAAAGAACAAGACGAGCUGAACAAAGUGACAGAGGAGACGAGGCUGAUGGACGAGGGCGAGAAGAGACGUCUGAAGCAGACCUCUGAGGCGUACCAGGCCGACCUGAAGGCUCAGAUGAAGCAGCAGCAGCAGCUUCGGUGUGAGCAGAGGUCUCAGGAGGAGAAGGAGCACCAGCAGGGUCUGAUCCAGCAGCAGCAGUACGACCAGAGAAGAGACCACAUCCUGUCCAGGUCCGCCUCCCAGCCCACCAACCCACAUCCCUUCAGACAAGGGGAGGGGUCCAGGUCUGCCUCCAGACACCGCCCCACAUAGAAUCCACAUGGAACCACAUCGCUCUGAUCAUAUCCACAAGGAGAUCUAAAAAUAGAUCACAUGACUCACUAGAAUAUGAGAUGUAAUCAGAGCUUCAACUCAAACAUCAAAGUUCAUGAACCAAAUAUUAAAACAUAAAAACUACUAAAAUACAAUAUUUCUCUGUUUCUUAAUGACCAGUGAAAAUGUUUUCAUGAUUUAAAAGUCCUCCAGAAGAACAUGAAUGAUAUCUCAUCAGUGAUUUAUCCUCAGGGGAACAUGAAUAUCUCAUCAGUGAUUCAUCCUCAGGGAAACAUGAAUGAUAUCUCAUCAGUGAUUCAUCCUCAGGGAAACAUGAACAAUAUCUCAUCAGUGAUUCAUCCUCAGGGGAACAUGAAUGAUAUCAUCAGUGAUUCAUCCUCAGGGCAACAUGAAUGAUAUCUCAUCAGUGAUUCAUCCUCAGGGGAACAUGAAUGAUA